CUUUAAGUGCGUGCCCUCGUAGGGGAGCAGACACUGCACUUUGCGAUCGCAACCGGCCUCGGUGUUGGUAAGAGUGUGUGUUGCUGGGUGAUUCAGGAUGGUGGACAAGCCUGUGUGGGAGCACAUAGGAUCCAGCUUUGUGCAGCACUAUUACCAGAUGUUUGACAGUAACAGAGAACAACUCGGAUCCAUAUAUAUUGAUUCAUCAUGCCUCACAUGGGAAGGACAGCAGUUCCAGGGAAAAACAGCAAUUGUUGACAAACUCGCUAGUCUACCCUUUAGUAAAAUAGGGCAUAAUAUAACGGCGCAGGACCACCAGCCAACUCCAGACUGCUGCAUCUUGAGUAUGGUUGUAGGACAGCUAAAAGCAGAUGACGACCCCAUCAUGGGUUUCCAUCAGAGUUUCCUCCUGAAGAACAUUAACGAUGCUUGGGUGUGCACCAAUGACAUGUUCAGGCUGGCCCUUCACAAUUUUGGCUAAGCCCCUCUCCCCUCACUGGUGGGCAGGGGCGGCCAUAGUGAAAGGCACCAUGUGAUGAAGUACGGAGGGAGGGGAAGGAGGAGCUGAGGAUGGAGAGAAGGGAGAACCUCAUCCCUCCCUCCUGCUGUCUCAUUAACGCCUGCUUGACAAACAAGCAAACACCGGAUUCUAGAUGUCAAUCACUGAACCUCAUCCAGGUGGGUUUUUAAACCCCGCCCAGCCAGUAGAACUGCAACGCAUUUCUUUGCUGAGAGCCGGCCGACCAAUCAGAUGCCCCUGUCUGCUACUCUGCUGAUCUGCAUGACGCUGGGAGUCCCCCGUUUUCAAAUCUCCACUCAAGCCACCACAAAGACAAACAGCUGACCGACGCCAUUAACUCAUGCUCUGCUCCGCUCUCCACCGUUCUUUACCGAAACCUAACCCGUUCUACUUUACUGUUGACUCCAAUGCUGUCAACUCAGUUCUGUAAGCGCUGCCGUUGACUGGUUUUGUAGAUCCAUGUUCAGGUUGAGAGUUGACUCCAUCAGUUCUGACUUCUUGUGUUGUAACUUGUUUUUAGAUGCCACUUGUGUGUUGCCUUAGUGUGUUUAACUGAGUUUUAUCUUCCUGUACACAAUUGUUAACUUUGCCAUGAUUCAUUCUCAUGCCAGGUUUUGCUCUCGCAAACCAAAGAAUCAUGGAGGGCGUAAAGUUUGAGUUUGCUGUGUGGUGGGCUCCUGCAUAUUCUCUCUCGCUCUCUCUUUCUCUCCAUCUGUCUCUCACUCUUUCUUGAUCUGUCUUUCUCUCUCACACACGUCUGGCAGUUAACAUGGACUACAGCCGUGAUAGACAAUAAAGCCUGGACUUUUUUCAUAA